GUUUCGUUUCUGCAAAGAAAGUCCCCUAGAUAGACCACUCCCUCCUGCCUUGUCGUCCGAUUCCGAUCCGUUGGAUGGGUUCCGGGAAACCGGUGCUGUGAUCCCAAAUCCUCAAAAUCGAUAUACGCCAUCACCACAACCCCGUCUUUCCAAAACAUGGAUGCGUCGCAGCUACCCGUAGCCGGCGCUUCGGAGGUCGCAGAUCAGGCGCAUCUGGAGCAACAACCCCAGAGCCUCGAUGCACCUGCUCCCGCAAGCCUUGGACUGGCGGGACCAGACGAGUUCACUACCACCAAUGGCUACAGCAGCGACUCGCGCGCCCACUACUCCUCUCAUGAAUUCAACUCCCCCGCCCGCGACUACCACAAUGAAAACGAGCAACCUCGACAGAACAUCUCCCCGGUGACCCAUCACUCACAGCCGCUACUGUCAUCCCGACCUAGCUCCGAAAUGUCCAAUGGUUUGUCUCAACCCAACCAUGAUGUGAACCAAAAGCAGCCAUCGCAGCCGGCCAAGAACAGUGUGGUGAUCAAGGUUGGGAUGGUUGGGGAUGCUCAAAUCGGAAAGACCAGUCUCAUGGUCAAGUAUGUGGAGGGCAGCUGGGAUGAGGAUUACAUUCAGACUCUGGGUGUAAACUUCAUGGAGAAGACCAUCUCCAUCCGGAACACGGAGAUCACGUUCUCGAUUUGGGAUCUCGGUGGCCAACGCGAAUUCGUGAAUAUGCUUCCCCUCGUGUGCAAUGACGCCGUCGCAAUUCUGUUCAUGUUCGACCUCACGCGCAAAAGCACACUGAACUCGAUCAAGGAGUGGUACCGCCAAGGUCGCGGGUUCAACAAGACGGCCAUCCCUUUCCUGAUCGGCACCAAGUACGACCAUUUCGUCAACUUCCCCCGCGAAGACCAGGAGGAGAUCUCGAUUCAGGCCAAACGGUUUGCCAAGGCCAUGAAAGCCAGUUUGAUUUUCAGCAGUACCAGCCACAGCAUUAACGUGCAGAAGAUCUUCAAGAUCGUCCUAGCCAAGGCAUUCGACCUUAAAUGCACCAUUCCCGAGAUCGAGAACGUUGGCGAACCCCUGCUGUUGUAUAAGAACGUCUAAGUCACGACAAAACGAGUGGGAUGAACGAUUAUGUGUUUGGGACGACGUGAUGUUGAUGAUCGAACUUUCCCUACGUUGGGCUGUAGGAUACGGUGAUCAGGUGCCGAGUCCUGGGGAUCAGAAGCGACUGGUCUGUUGGUGUCUUCGCUACUUUCUGUCUAUUU